GACCCGGGGAGCCGCGGUGCUCUCUUUCCCUGAGCUAGGUUUCUAUUGUAGGCGGUGCAUUCCUUGGGAGGGAGGGUGUGUGUGUGUCGGUGCCUUCCCACACUCGGGGCAGCUCUUAUAUUUAAUGGGGGUCUCCAUGCAGGGCAGACGCCAGAAGAGAUUUUGCCGUUCCCGGUUCCCCUCCAGGAACAGCAGCAGCUCGCACGUCAGGCGCCGGCAUGGACCGUGUGGCCGAGAUAACGCUGGCGGAGGGGGCUCCUGGGACCAGCCGAGCCUCCGGGAUGCACCUCCGGGAGGACCUGAGGAGGGUACGGUGCGCGGUGCUGCUCUGCCUGCUCUCCGUGCUGGUCCUCAUGCUGCCCACUGCCUACCUGCUGGUUGGAAACCUCAGAGCCCCCAGCUCCUGCGCCGGCCAGGUCACAGAAGAGAGGGGCUCUCGCUUUCUGAAGCAACGGGCAGUACAUACUGUUACAGAUACAUUUUCCAGUGAAGAAAAGCCAAGAGCACACCUGACAGUGAAGAAACAAGAUCCUGUCAACACCAUGGGGAACCAUAUGCCCAUCCUGCAGUGGGAAGACAAGCGAGGCUUGGCCUUUACCAAGAACAACCUGAAUUAUUCCAGCAACGCACUGGUGAUACCUGUGUCUGGGGACUACUAUGUCUACGCUCAGGUCACUUUCCGAGGGCCCAUUGGAAGUUACAGUAAAACAAAUUCUGUCACUGAGAUUAUCACCAAAGUCACCGACAGUUACCCCGAGCCCACUCAGCUGCUGACUGGUACCAAGACCCUCACUGAAAAGGGGAACAGCUGGUUCCAGCCCAUUUAUCUGGGUGCUGUGGUCUCCUUAGAAGUAGGGGACAAACUAAUGGUCAAUGUUAGUGACAUCAAGCUGGUGGAUUACACUAAGGAGCACAAAACCUUCUUUGGUGCCUUUUUACUGUAGGUCCCUGGCAGCAGCUGGUGGGGGCUUCCCUUCAGGGCCCUGGUGUGACCUCACUGGACCUUGGUUUUGCGGGCGCGUCUUGGGGUGCGAUCUCUGUGCUGUUAUCCUUCUUCUGUACUGUUACUCCCCUGCAGCUCCCUGCAGCCUUAAAUUAAGGAGUAGGGAAAGCUGAAGCCAUAGUCUGAAUUCAAACAAACAAACAAACAAAACAAAAACAAACAGAAAAAAAAAAAAAACAAAACAAAAAAAAAAAAAAACACAAAAAACCCUGGAAAAAUGAAAGUCAUAUUGGAGGAAAAAAAUCUAUUUUUGAAAGUAAAAACUGAGAGCUCUUCAAAACUUUGUAAGCUAAGGAGGAACAGUUUAUACCUGUGGGUAGGAAUAUUGAUCUUGAAUAUUGCAGCUAAGCUACAUCACUAAUUCCACCUCCAAUGUAUAAUUUCCUCAACUCAAAAACGUGUUGUGAACUUUCUCUAGCACUUUCAGUAUAGUUUUGCAUGACUCUCCUUCAGAUUCUUGGUUCUAAAAGGUAAUUACUUUUCAUCAUUUCCUUAUUAAUAGAUUUGCUCAGUACUUUGCACUAACAUAAAGCUCAGAUUAAUCAUUAACUGCUUAAUUAUUCCCUUCCAACUUCCCUGUAAAGUAGAUUAAAAUUAUACCUUGUAUUUUGCAGAAGCUAUUUGAAAUUUUUUUUUCCCAAGAAAUUGUUUACAGUUCUAUAAAUCAAUAUACAGCUCUAAAACCUUAUGUAAAAUUUCUAGGGAACACACACAAACACUUUUUGUUUCAGCAUGAAAGUGAAAUCUCCCUGCCAGAUCCUAACAUUAGGAAAACAGAAAAGACAAGGCAGAGAGAGACAUGCAGCAAAAUUUUCCACACUUUUUAAAUCAACCACUGAAAUUUUGAGAGAAAACCUCUGCAAUAUUUUGCUUUCCAUUAUGUUUAAUGCAAAGCAAGUGCAACUAAAGAAAUCACUGUCUUGGUGCUCUCCCUUGCAACCAUUGCCAAUGCUGCAGCAGUCCCCUAGCCUCAAGGGACUCCCCCGCCUUUCCCUGGGUGAAGGCUGGCAACCAGUAGUCCCUACACAAGGUCAAAAGAUCCAAAGACAUGAUACAGUGUGCCACAGCCAGGUGCAGAUCUCAGUAAUGUUUAGCUUCCCACCUUGCACUUACUUAUUUUCAUAGACUUUACUGUCUUUCAGGAAAAUUCCCCAGCUUUCUUCUCCUCCACAGUAAAUACAUCACUGAUAAUAACUCAGGUCAGGUACUCAUAGAUUUGGACUUUACACUCUUUAUUGGCAUGAGGUCUCACACCUGAGCACCUACCACCCGGGCGUUCUGUGAUGACCAGGCUUCACUCUCUGCAACUCUUCCUCUUCCCUGCCUCACCUCGCUGGAUUUCCUCAAUUUUCCACUUCUUGGCCAGAAGUGACAGCAAGGCUUGAUUGCCUAGUUAAUGUUUCCACUCAAAGCCAUGGUGGGGCCCAAAAGCACACUGUUAGUGUCAGGGAUGCACUGAAGUUGGGGAACACAUAGCACCAGGGAUGGGGUCUUGUGGGUGAAGAGCUCAAAUGGGCAGAGAAGUUCUCUGGUGGAGACAGCCCAGCUACAAAAGACCAUGUGUGAUAUUGCAGCCCAACCAGCAGCGAGACCAGGCUGCUUUGUCCACAGCGAGCCUCUUCUUAGCAGGAGACAAUUUACUGCUUUAAAAGAUCUGUUUGAGUUGACAAGGCAAAGUCAGCAGCACAGCUGAAGUGUAGGUCACUGAGGAAGACCAAGACAGACUGGGGGUGAAGGGUGGAGAGGAGCAGAGUAAGAGGUGGGAGAUCUAGGCGACUCCAGAAUCUCUGCCACUUCACGACUUGGUGUAAGCACCUUCAUGCUGACAGCAUGACUAUACUUCUUAAACCUAGCUUUUAUGUAGUAAAUCAUCUCAGAAAAUAGUUUUUUGGCCAUCCUUCCCUAUUCUGCAGUGCCUGGAUCCCACAGUAGGUCUCAGUCCUUCACUGUUUUAUUUACACUGAGACAGCAUUAAACGCAUCACAAAAGCUAGCAGAUUGCCAUCUUGCUUUGCCUUUCUCUCCUCAGUGGGUGUCUUUCCUGUUUCCAGAUUCUCCUUGAAUCUAGUAAUUGGGUGUUGGCCCACUGUACAACAGUGCCCAUCUAGGAGACGUUCACAAUGUCCCUGCAUCAAAACCUCAUUAGUUUGUUUUCCCAUCCUUUCUUUGACUUGUCCUUCAUUUUCUCCACAUCCACAUCUCAGCUGGCCUCUUGAUCCUUUUCUCCCAGAGGCACCUUCCUGCCUUCUUGGCUCUGUCCAUUAGGUAUAAAGACACCUCAUUGUCCAAAUCUAAUUUUCCACAUGCAACUUCUCUCUUAAGAUCACCCCAGUGCACAGAGAAAACUGAUAUCUGAAAAUAGGUUAGGGUGGCAGAAAUUAAUGAUCCUGUGAGCAGGUGCAAACACUUGGCCAAAACAUCGUCUUAUGUCUUGAUUAGUUAGAUUGACUUCCAUCUUUAAGUCCUUACUCCUGCUUCCUACAUCUUUUCAGCGUGUUCUUUUAAGCUGAAUCUGGCUGAGAAAUUCCCCAUAUCCGUUCAGUAUCUAGCACAUUCAACCUGGCAUUGUUACUUCUCAGAAGCGAUGUCUGGUCAUUUAUCUACUUGACAGAACUGUUCUUACUGCUCAGAAACCACCCCCACCCUGCCCCACCCCAGUAAAAUCUGGUGAAAUCUUGCUCUAUUGGCCAUUGAAGACAAGGUAAUUCUCUGGGAAACCCUAAGACUUUCCAAACCUCAGAUUUUCUAAAGUGUUCUCUCAACAGUCCACGUUGAGUCCUUCUGAACUUCUGAUCCCUUAAUUGUGUGCCCAAAAUAGAAUCUGAACUAAUGAAAACAUGAAAUUUGCAACUCUUGCAGACCACCACAUAAAGCACUUUAGGUGACUAACACACGAAAUGUCGUGGUAAAUCUCAUAAAGGGAAGACUUAGAAGUGACUUAUCCAGGACAGAUGAUUCUCAGCAACUAGGUAGGGAAGGUUCUGUGAGUUGUUAUAUAGGAUGAAUUUGGUUUAUCAUUGGAGAAAAUUAUAGUGCAAAUUCUAAGCAUUGUGAGAAAGUUACAGAAACUCUGAGAGCUCUUUAUCUCUACAAAUGAGAUGAUGCAGCAUUCUUCUGAGGCCAUAACUCAAUCACGAUAGGUUUGUACAGCAGAUUUCCAUAAAAACUGUAUCUGAAGUCAUCAGCACUUAAUGCCUUGUACGCUGAAUGAUGGUGAAUAUGAGGUCUGGGGGAGAGAAGUGCUGAAUGCAGUAUUUGGCAUAAAAUAAAAGAGCCUUCUAUGAGGUAUAUACCCAUAUAUACAUACACAUACAUAUAUGUGUAUAUUCCAUAGAAGUUCUAGGAAGCCCAUUGGCAGUAGUGAACCUUUUCUACCACCAGGCACAUAAUUUGUGUCCACUGUACACUAACGAUAAAUUUAAUAAGCAAAAAAUUGCUUGCUGCAGCUCUAUUACAGGUGUGACUCUCUUGUUUCAUUAUCCAUGGCACAAAAAUAUUUAUUUUAGUCCAGUUAGAACAAGCUUUUGCACCCCAUUACACACACCAGCUUUUAGCACAUUUAGCACACUAGCACAUUUUAUAUGAGAUAAAGUAAUAUAUCCGGCAUUACUUGUUUUAAAGUGGUGCAGGCAUAUUAAUCCACAUAUCUACCCUAGUGGAAAUUCUCUCCUUCUCCAUUCCCCACUCUCCCCAAUGCUAAUAAUAUUUCUGUAACAGUGACCAGCAACUAUAGUAAGUAUUCAGGGGCUAAUUCUGACCCUGAUGUAUAUAAGAUAUUCCUCCAGAGAAGUCAAUGGCAUGAACUAAAAGUCACUGAAGUGAGACAGAGGUCAGGCUUAAAGGGAAAUACCUCAAACAGACUGAAACCAAGUUGUGGAUUCUCAUAUUUUUCCAAAGCUAAAUAAGGGCAGAAGUUUUCUCAGAAAUUUGGGUUUAUUGAAUUAGAAAUAAUUAUAUAAUUAUAAUUUCUGGAGAUGUGAAAAUGCAUAUGCAUCAGCAUUUUCAGUUGAAUGAGAAGGUGAUGAAAUCUGGUCAUGUGAACAAGUGACCUUUCAGUCUGUGAUCAAACUGAAAAUAUGUGUUGUUUUGGGCGGAUGUGAAACUAUAACAAUUAUAAAAAAAAAUCCAAGCUGGAAAAAAGUGGUGAAAUAUGCAGCUCAUGCUAAAUGACUUAAAAAUAUAUGAUUUCAGGUUUUGACCCUUACAUUUCUUAGGAAAACAAAUAAAUAAAUUUAAGCACUUUUCAGAACAAAACCAUUGAAAGGCAAAAUAACAGAUUUGGGUUUUUUGAAGUCUGAUCAAGAUAUUUUAGUUCUUAGGAAUUCUCUUCCUCCCUAAUCUCUUUGAUACUAGAAAAUCUAACACUAAAUAUAACCCAAAUUCAUAAAAAGGCUCACUUACCUACUACUUCCUUUCCCCCUACAAACUAAGUAUUGAUAAAUAAGCAUUAACUUUCUCUCCAUAUACAUACAGAAGUAAAUUUAAAUCAAGCUAUAAGGAUCAGAGCUCCAAUCUUACCAACAUUUACUUGUGCUGUACUUAGUCCUGAGCGUGUGGCUAAAGGGGUAUCACUGUAAAAGCAAGCUCAGUUUUCCUUUUUAGUGUAUGGGAGGAGUAAAAUCUACAUUGCUCAUAUUAAAAGCAGAUGAAAUGUUUUACCUGUGUUUACCCUCAACUACAUCAUUGUAAGAGCCAAACUCCAAAUCAACAAGCGCUUACAUCAACCAUCUCCAGCACAUGUAUGUUGGCAGGAUUAAGGUCUAGAGGUGUAGAAAUUACAAAAGUUAUUCGGUUAAUCAUAACCAAAAUGAUGAAGAGGAUGAUCCUGAGAUGAUUCUGGACAUAACUGUUCAGGACAGACCCCUGGUACAAAGGGAUGCUACCAGGCUACACUGAACUGCAGCACAGUCCAAGUGGAACAGAUUAAGGUAUUCACUUGUGAUUUGCAACGCAGAUAUUUCAGAAUUUUGAAGGAAUCUCAUUUUUCACUUCUGUAUGGUAUAACUGACCACACUGUGCUUUGUUUUAUUAAUCUCCUGAGUGGCCCAUCAUUUCAGAUGAGAAAUGAGGAGAAAAUUCAUUCUUUAGAAGAAUCAUAAAAUGUGAAAAAAUUUUGCCCAGAUCUGGGUAUUAGACACCGGUAUAGCAUUUUGCUAUUGUAAGGAAUUUUAUAUAAGUGAUUGUAUAUUGUCUUGUGCUUCAGUGCUGAUGUGUGUCUUUACCAGUAGAACUGACUUAGCUUCUUGUUUUCAAGUUUUAUGAUAAUAAAAAUGCAAGUUAACUAAUGAUCCUGGUCCCCUUCCAAAAACACUAACCAAAUAGCACAGUGAUCAGCUAAUACAGACAAAUACUGAUGUAUAAGAAACCUAUUUUGAUGUGUGUUAAUAUGUGAAUGAUCAUUAUUUUAUUCACGGUUAGAGGUCCCUCACCAGAGCGAACUCAGAUUCAGACUUUUCCUACUGCACUUACAUAAACUUGCAUUUCAAAAGGCAAAAAAAGUAAAGGUUGAGCAGAUUUUCAGUCUCUUUUCCCCCUUGCAGCAUGGGGAAUAGCUGGUUCCUUCUUUUUGUUAUUUCUUAGUCUAUUUUGAAAAAGCAAGUCCUACAGAAAAGCAGUGUUCAUCAGAAACUUCACCGCCGCGGUACGCUCAGCCUCUGAUUCAGGGGCUGGUACUCCCCACUACGCGCCCAGGGGAGGCAGGAACCACAGUAGCAUCACCUGGCCAAAAAGGCAGGUUUGCCCUGUCCACAGCCAUGCACAAGAACACCUUGGCAGCUUGGGAAUUGAACAUUUCCAAUUGCUCAGGUCCUGCCUGCCAGGCACAACCCAGCUAGGAAAUUUUGGCCAAAUGAGGGUCAAAGUCUUGUUUGUAGGUGGCAGAGCUCUGGGCACGCUUUGCCCUGUUCUAGCUUGAGCUUUGCUGUCUUUACACUUUCAGCAUAAUAGCAGCAUCCACUGGAUACGUAUUUCUCAUCAUGGGCGGUGUUAUCUUCAAUUCCUCUGCUGCCAAGAGUGCAAAUUCUUUAUUUCCACUAGCAGAACUGAGAAACAUUCUCCCACUGGGCAUAUUAUUUUGUAUUUCCAAAAUUUCUUUUAUUUUCCUGGAUUGAACCCAGAGUAUCAUAUUUACACUGCUUCAGAAGUGUUUUCUGGUUAAGGGCUCUAUGUUCUGGCUCAAGGAAAGUUUUCACUCUAAAACUCUGAUGGAGGACAUACGUGUACCCUGGUUUCCAUCCACUUGCAAAUACCUGAGAUGCUUUGUUAGCAGGCUCUGUAGGUCAGCCAAGAGUUAGUUAGACAGUAGGAAUCAGACUGCUUUCUUGUGUAACAUGAAAAAGAUGUUGUCAGUCCGUGGUUUGGGUUUUUUUAUAAAUCCAAUAGCUACCUCAUGUUUAAAAGAAUAGCAAAAGCAAAUUAUGAUUUUAUUAUUAUUUUUCUGUUUUAAAUUGAGCUAAGCAGAAUUCACCUGUUUUAUUGCCAUUUUACUCUGUGCUUUGCACAUACAGGGUAAUAGCUUGAGUUAACAUCUUCUUUGUGGUCUAAAUACACUGGCACAUACAGUCCCUCCACAUGAGCAUUGUGCUUCAUUUCGCCUGCCUUUAAUCAUACAGAAGGUGUCUAUUCUCUACAAAUUUCUAGGCUCCCUCUCUGGUGAGGUGGGGGAAGAGAUACACAUUUCUCAAAGGCUGCGCAUGCUAGGGAAGGUGAGGAUAAUGGAGAUGAUUCACCCCCAGAGUUGCAAAGGCGUGUAUAUAAUAUUUUUCUAGCUAAAUGCAAGUAAGAUACUAGCAGCGCUCAGUGAAAGUGGUGACUGCGCUGCACUCACUUUCUCAGAUGGCUGGAUAAAACUGCCCAGCUACUGCCUGGACAGAAUCUCCAUAGGGUUUAGUGCUAACAAAUACAUACAUGGACACAAAUCUUGAGGAAAGGGAGAACCUCACUUUCAUAUGAUGAAAUUGUUACUCCAUGAGAUUCAUCCUGCAGAGUAGGACACUACUCAAGAAAUUUUAACUUUCUCAGCUCUCAUCUGUUGGCCAAGAUGCCCAACCACAGCUGGAUCUGCUACUUGCUGGCUUUGUUCAUGGGGACAAUUUCAAUAUUUAAUAUGUCCUGUUUUGGGGAAGAGCUUUGAGUUCACCCUGCCAGGGCAUGGAGGCUCUGUCUCCUAAGCAUCUUGCAGGAUGGAGCAUAAGCUGAGGUGAAGUGGAAGUGAUCUGGAAGGUCCUAUGCUAUAACAAUUUCAGCUCACAGACAGGCAGCUGAAUAACGGGCCUAUUUUCUAACACACUCAGCAACUCUCUGACAGGUUCUCCAAGGAAAUGAGGACCCCCCCGUUCAGUUUCUUUUUGAGACCUGGUGCCAAAGCUAGGUAUGAUUCCCUUCAAAAGUGCAAAAAUAGGAGGCAAGUUUGUCAACAGUGAUAGUUCCAAAUUCAUUUUGUCUUUUAAGUAUUAUUUUUAAAUCCUUUGGGACAGCAUGGAAGACAUUGACUAAGAAGUUAUAACCUGGUUUAUUAAGCACCAUAAGUCAGGACUGUUUGGGGUAUUUUUGCUGAAUUAUGAACUAAACUAACCUUCCAGAUGCUCUCAUUCCUGCAUAAAUCAAGAUAUGUUCUUUCACUGAUUGUAGAGUUUUAUAUUAAAACGUCAAAAAAGUACUGAAAAUGUUUGCUGCAUAUUUAUUGGUACUGUAUAUAUAGAUGUCUUAAUUUUAUGUGAGAAAUUGUAAAAACCAUGUUAUAAAGUUUAGCUCUAUUAUACUUAACUAUUUCUUUUAGAAAGUAGCUUUGAUGCCUUUGACAAUGGAGUUUAUAAAUAGUUCUUUACAAUGUGCUUUGUGCCUUAAAGCAAAAAAAUAAAAACAUUUAAUUUGAUUCAGA